AUGGCUGAGACGGUGCAGCGGUCGGGCGAGGAUGAGACUCGCGAAAAUGCCUGGAUUCGCUUGAUGACUGUGGUGCACUGGUAUCCCCGGGACAUGCCCUCCAAGGAGAAGAAGCUCGUGCUCAAACUCGACCUCAUGAUCCUCGUCUACGGCUGUCUAUGCUUCUUCACAAAGUAUCUGGACCAGGCUUCGCUGACCAACGCCUACGUGACCGGCAUGCGGGAGGAACUGGGAAUGUUUGCUAACGAGCUCAACUACGCCGUCAUCACCUUCUGGUCCUCCUACUGCGUCUUCAUGAUCCCCGCCUGCUACUAUCUCACCCGCUACCCCGUCAACGUUGUGCUGCCCCUCUGCGAAAUCGGCUGGGGCACGGCCACCUUUGGACUCGCCUGGGCCCAGAAUGUCGACACAGUCUACGCGAUGCGCUUCUUCGUCGGCCUCUUCGAAGCCUGCUCCUUCACGGGCGUCAUCUACGUCAUCGGCUCAUGGAUGCGCAAGCGCGAGAUUGCGCGCCGCGUUGCCCUCUUCUACAUGGCCGCGCCCCUCGGCACCAUGUUCGCCGGCUACCUGCAGACGGCGGCGUACCGCGGCCUCACCGGCGUCGGCGGCCUCUCGGGCUGGCGCUGGCUCUUCAUCGUCGACGCCAUCAUCACGAUCCCCAUCUCGUUUCUCGGCUUCUUUGUCUUCCCGGACGUGCCGCACCGGUCGCGGCCGCGGUGCCUGUCACCGGACGAGCACGCCUUUGCCCGCGCGCGGCUCGCCGGCCAGACGGCGCCGUCGCAGCUCAAGGUGUCGCGCGACAUAUUUGCGCGCGUCUUCCGCCGCUGGCACUGGUACCUCUUCGUCGCGCUCUGGUCCAUCGGCAACCAGAACAACCAGAUUCCCGGCUCGCCCUUUAGCUUGUACCUACGCGCCAACAAUGACUUGUACAGCGUCACGCGCAUCAACACGCUCCCGACGGUGGCGACGGCCGUCUCCAUCGUCACGGCUUUCACGACGUGCGCCGUCGCCGAUCGCAUAGGGCGUUUCUGGCCGCUGCUGCUGGCCGUGUCGGUGCCGACAGUCGUGGCGCACGCGCUGCUCGUGGCGUGGCAUAUCGGCGAGGCAGGACGCGUCGCGGCCUUUACGAUUGGCGGAUUUGAGGGUGCGCUGUUCCCGCUGACCAUGGCGUGGGCGACGGUGGCCAUGGCGGGGGACGCCGAGGAGAGGGCUGUUGUGACGGCGAGCAUGAAUGCCAUCGGGCAGGCGAUUGUCGCGUGGAGUCAGCUGCUGCAGUUUCCGGCUGUCGAGGCACCGCGGUUCAAGAAGGGGUUCCUCGGUGGGCUCAUUACAUCGGUCGUGCAGUUUGGGGUCAUCUUUGCCAUCAUGUGGUUUGCACACAGGGAGGACGUUACCAAGAGAGCGUCGGAGGAAUACUCUGACGGUCAGCCUGGCGACGAGGAACAACACCGCGAUGAACGACAAAAGGAGGAGAAGAGUAUCGAGGGGUAG